GGAUAAAAGCCUUCGGAUAUUUCCAAGCGUUUCUUCUCCAAAAGGUCAUGGGGGUCUUAAUCAACUAGGUGGCAUGUUUGUGAAUGGACGCCCGCUCCCGGAGGUCAUCCGGCAGAGGAUCGUGGACAUGGCACACCAGGGCGUACGACCUUGUGACAUCUCCCGCCAGCUGAGGGUCAGUCACGGCUGCGUCAGCAAGAUCCUGGGCAGGUAUUAUGAGACGGGCAGCAUUAAACCAGGAGUCAUUGGGGGCUCAAAGCCGAAAGUGGCGACUCCUAAAGUGGUGGAGAAGAUAGCGGAGUACAAGCGUCAGAACCCGACCAUGUUUGCGUGGGAGAUCAGAGACCGACUGCUGGCCGAGGGCGUUUGUGACGGUGACACUGUGCCCAGCGUCAGCUCCAUCAACAGGAUUAUUCGCACAAAAGUUCAACAGCCAUUCAACCUUCCUCUGGACAGUAAAGGCCUCAGUCCUGGACAUACACUGAUUCCCAGUUCAGCCGUCACUCCUCCAGAAUCUCCUCAGUCGGACUCUCUAGGCUCCACCUACUCCAUCAGCGGCCUGCUGGGAAUCCCACAGACCAACGCCGAGGGCAAGAGGAGCCGCGAUGACAGUGAUCAGGAGAGCUGUCGGCACAGUGUGGACUCUCAGGGCAGUGGCAGCGGACCCCGGAAACAGUUGAGGACCGAACACUUCCCUUCCCAGCACCUGGACUGCGGCUUUGAGAGGCACCACUACAGCUCCGACACAUUCAGCCAGACCGUGGCCGUGGGCAAAACAGAGCAGUCACUCUAUCCUCUCUCGCUCAUCAAUGGCAGUUUGAACGAGGGUAAAAGUGCUUCAGCUAUCAGUCGAAACCUGGCAGCACAUCAGGGAUACACAGUGGUUGCAGAAGCUCUACAGCCCCUCCCACUCUGUUUGAAACAGGAAAUGUCACCUGAGGUGAACAGCUCAAGCCCCUCCCCCAACAUCAUCGCUAAUUCAGCCUUCCUGGAGCUCACUUCCAUUUCGGCUCCGUCAUCAGUGCCCAUCGCUAACAGCUGCAGCAAUGCCACUCAUUUAUCUCAUGGCUUCAACUCAUUUUCCCAUCAUGCCCCAGUGCACGGGCAGUUCAGCAGCCCGCCGCUCAUUGCAGGCAGAGAUGUUGCGAGCUCAAUGCUACCCGGUUAUCCUCCACACAUCCCGUCGGCCACGCAGUCAGGCUUCUCGUCAUCCACCAUUACUGGGAUGGUAGCAGGUCCAGAAUACACGGGCCAGACCUACAGCCACACGCCAUACACUUCCUACAGUGACGCCUGGAGAUUCACCAACUCCAGCAUAUUAGGUUCCCCAUAUUACUACAGUUCAGCCGCGCGAGCGCCGCCUCCCUCCACCGCCGCUUAUGAUCAUCUCUAGUGCCGGACUUUUUACAGUGGAGUGUCCAAUGAAAGACACAAGGAGUGAAGAAAAACGAAAACAUUGAUGGACAAUACCUUUUAUUGCCUGUAAAACUAUUUAUGUCCUUUGUUCAAGGCGCGAUUAAAGGCCACGUUUACAUCUUCAUCCACCAGUCAGAACAUUUCUUGCCUGUGUUUUUAUUUCUCUGCAGCGAAAUAGUUCUGCAAACUGUUUUCAUAUAGGCUAUUCAUGGC